AUGUCACUGCGUCAACGGAGACUGUCCAAAGCUGAAGGACGUCUGAAUCUCAACUUGCUUAGCCAGACACAAAACAGGCUGAAGGAUCAUAACAUGUCCAGUGCUCGUCGUCACUGGUUAGAUGCUAUGCUUAAGAUCAAGACACUUGAAGACCCCUGGGAAAAGUUUCACCUCGAAGAAUUGAAAGUGGAAUCAGCCAUCCGAUAUAGGUACAAUGCUUUGAAGAAAAAAUGGUCUGAAGAUCUAGUUCAAGUCAAAAUGGAAGAUGUAUCAUUCAACCAUGGUGCAAUGAGACAAUGUUUUAGAUUGAAAAAACUGUCUAAUUUCACACAUUCUGAUGACUGGAAACAUGCCCAAAACUAUGUGGCCAAGCGUUAUUUUGAAGAUGUCAGUCGAGAUGUCUACUUUGAAGAUGUUAAGCUGCAAAUGGAUACCAAGUUGUGGGGAGAAGAAUACAAUCGGCACAAUCCUCCCAAAAAGGUGGAUAUCUUCCAGAUGUACAUUUUGGAGUUCCAUAAACGUGCAGAAAAACCCAUUUAUCACUUGGAACAUUUCAUCGAGGGUGACUACACAAAAUAUAAUUCAAACUCUGGUUAUGUCGAUGAACAUCUCCGCUUAACUCCACAGGCAUUCAGCCAUUUUACAUUUGAGCGCUCUGGCCAUCAGCUGAUUGUAGUUGACAUCCAAGGUGUUGGUGAUCUUUAUACUGACCCUCAAAUUCAUACUGCUGAUGGCAUUGAAUAUGGUGAUGGUAAUCUUGGUCCAAAAGGAAUGGCGCUAUUCUUCCAUUCUCAUUGCUGCAAUUCCAUUUGCCAUGGUCUCAACCUUUCACCCUUUGAUCUCUAUCUUUCUGAAAGAAGAAACUUGGUUAACCCAACUUCCAUAAUGGCAAUGAGUCCCCUGACACAGGUUCGAGGAAAUGAGGAAAUGGUGAUUUGUGCUUCACCUUUGGAACAACAUGAUUUGACCAAUUUACUUGCCAGAAGUAAAAGCUCUCAUAGCAGCAGCAACAGCACAGAUGAUGAGUCCAUGUCUAUUGGAAGCCCUCUAAACCUUUUACGAUCACCUCGAAUUCGCUUCACAAGUGAAUCAGAAACUUCUAUGACUGAAGAAGAAGAAAAGCUGGCAUUUGCGGAAAUAAUUGGCAAGCGCCAUCGGCCAUCUUGUGUCAUCAAAGAAAAAGAUAUUUGUCAUUUGAAUAUGAAUUCUGAAGAUUCUGUUCUUGGCCAGAUUCAUCAUGAAAUGGCAAAAUAUCAUGAAAUUGGCCGUUUCCUUCUGACUCCUGACUGUCCCAUUGAUUGGGAUUCAGCAUUAUUCCAUGAGAAACAUGCUGCUGAAUUGGGUGUAUUGGAAGCUCUUAUCACUAUGGCCAGGCUUUAUCUUGGACUUCCAAGAGAUGUUUUAACUGAGUGUCCACAGGAGGUGGAUAUUGACAAAGGCUUGACAUACAUGACAUUGGCUGCUGAAAAUGGAGAUCGGGAUUCCAUGCUUCACCUUGCCAAAGCAUUUGAAACAGGAAAUUGUUUAGGAACUUGUCGGUCCAAAUGUUGGACAACUUCUAUGUUUUGGUACAACCAAGCAAUUCAAAGUAUAGAGAAUGAUAACACCGGUGCAUAUGACUCAACCAUGCACAGCCCUUUGCAUCAAUUGUUAGCAGCACAAGCCCACAUGUUUCUUGUUGGGGGCUUUGGCAUUGAGAAAGAUCCUCAAAGAGCAGGAGACUUGUACACUGAGGCAGCUGAUGCUGCAACAGAGUCCAUGAAUGGCAGAAUGGCUUGCAAAUAUUAUACACUGGCUGAAGAAGCUUGGGCUGAAUGUGAAGAUGAAUAA